AUGGCCAACGAGACUGCCAGAGCCGCACUGGGACGUUCAGCCUGGCACCUCCUGCACACCAUUCUUGCACGCUAUCCGGAAGCCCCAUCUGAUCUGGAGAAGGCUAAGCUCAAGUCCUUUGUGGGACUCUUUGGCGAGCUAUACCCGUGUGGCGAAUGUGCAGAAGAUUUCCUACAACUGCUCACAAAACUGCCAGUCCAGACGUCGAGUCGGAAAGCAGCCGCUCUGUGGGGCUGCUCCAUUCACAACGAGGUCAACAAGAAGCUUGGCAAACCCGAAUACGACUGCGGCAAUGUCCUCGAAAAGUAUGAUUGCGGUUGCGGCGACGAGCCCGAGAAGCCAAAGGCGGCACCAAAGUAA